AUGGACACCGUACCGUACUGCGCCUUCUGCCUGCGUGCCAAUCCUCCAAACGUCGAGUUCUACAAGCACGUCGUUGGCUGCAGCACCGAACUUCGACACUCGUUCCAAUCGAUGCUCGGCUACGACUUCCAGCUCGCCAACUUUUCCAUCUGCAAACCGUGCUGGAAGCUGAUGCAACUCGUGCAGGACUUCCGGCUACGGUGCUUCAAGGCCAACACGUUGGUGGAGCGUAUCGGUCAAGGCCUGCAGAGUGAAGACGGCUGGUUCUCGGUGAAGAACUUGGCCACUAUCGAGAGUGUCCGAAUGGCGAUCAAGGAUCAAGUGCAGCAGAUUGGGAGAGUGGAUUUGGAGGAGUUGAGGACAACCGAAGCUGCCGUUGACAACGAUCUGACUCGGGAAAGGAAGGGUGAUCUUGUAUUGACGAUAGAAUUGGGGGAAGUCAAGAUUGAAUCGGAUGCCGAGAUAGCAAGAGAUGUUGCGAUGGUAUCAGCAAUGGAUUCUUCCAAGGACGACGACGCUACGUUCAGACACAAGGAGCAGCUUCAGGUUCAUUUGAACGUCCAUGAAAGCAAAACUCCAUACAAAUGUGACUGUUGCAAAAAGGCAUUUGCGUGUCCGAAAACGCGAAACAUUCACCAAGCAUCUUGCAACAAAUACAUAUUGAACUGCAAACAUUGCGACGCCCAACUGCCCAACAAUCAGCGACUUGUGGAGCACUACCGACGCGAACACCCGGGCGAGCAGAGACAUAAGUGUUCCCAGUGUGACAUGCGAUUUACGCACAGGCUGACGCUUCUCCAGCAUGAACGGCGCAAACAUACGGCCAAACUCAUCGAGCACACCUGUCCGGAGUGUGGAAAGCAGUUUUCCCGGGAACGAGACCUUCGAUCGCACAUCAAGUACCACCAGACGCGGCCUCAUCACUGUGAAAUCUGUGAAUUGAGGUUCAUGAGCAAAACUGUACUGCUGGACCACGUGGUCAAGUGUCACCCCGAGAAGUCGGCCAAAGAAGGGUCGAAUGGUGUGACCGAGCACGAACGGACAGUGGAUAAACUGAAGGCUAUGUUGGCCAGGAGAAGCGAGCAGAAAGCUGAGGAUGGCCUGGACUGGACCAUGUCUAGCAGCAUCACCAAUCACCAGCGACCACCACCGCAGAGUCUUUUAGCCUCUAAUCGAUAUAAUUACAUGGCAAAUGGUGGGGAGAUGAACCCCGCGAGGCACACGGAGAGUGAAAGCUACUGCUUUGGGAGGGAGGAAGAAUAA